UCGGUAGAAUAUUUCUCCUUAAAAGUUCGUUAUCAGGAAGUUGUCAUUAUUGGAAAUUUUUUUCUUAAAAGUGUUAAGGAUGAGAGUGAAACUCGUUAUCCUGAGUUUAAUCUUUAUGAAAUGUGGACCGAGUUGUGGCUACGAAAUCUUCGAAUUGAAUAUAAAUCACAAAUAUGAAAUCGAGGCGAAUGUCACGAUCAUUCCUGACGUACACAAAAGCGAGGAUGAACCGACGCAUUGGACUAUUCGAGGCGUGUUGAAUGUUCAAAGAGUCGAUGCAGUCACACUUGCAAUGCAAUUUAAUCCUGAUACGAAUGUGAAUGCAAAUGAAAUUAAGCCACUAACGGAACCUUUUAAAAUAAAAUCAUUAAGCGAGGAAGAAUCUUCGGCUUACCUAAUGCAACAUCCCCAGAAAGUGCUUGAAUUUUAUAAAAAGGAUCAAUUGUGGUCGACAAAUAUAAAACGCGGCCUUUCAAGUCUAUUUCAAAUCGAAGGAAAUUCACAGAAAGGUGCUUUUGUGUCAAAUGAAUUUGGACUUUAUGGAUUGUGUCAAACUGAAUAUUAUGUUGUGAAUAAUUCGGAUACGUUAAUGAUAUCCAAGAUUUAUGACAUGGAUCGAUGUCGUCCUUAUCCAGGCGGAAUCUUCGAGGUUCGUUCCAACAUUCCUUUGAAUUUAUGUGAAGAAAAACAACCGCUUGCAGCAAUGACGUCAAGAUUAGGCGAAUAUAAAUUGAUAAGACUUGAGAAUUCAAAAUAUUUACUCAAAUCUAUUAAAGCCGAGACGAAAAGCAAUGUCCAAGCAACUGAGUCAUACUAUCCACAAUUUAUUUUCACAAGAAUUGUGGUGGAACUCUCGUCACAUGAGUCAAUCACUGAAGAUAACAAAAUUAUGUUUAAUGAAACGGAGAAAACAAUUUUAAGUGAUUUUACGUACGUGCCACCAACGAAUGAAGCAACAGGUGGUCGUGCUCCGAAAUCUUCCGACGAAAUUGUAGAAAAUGCUGUUAAUUUACUCACGUUACUGGCUGAAAGACUUGAAGAUGUUCAAUUGAAUUUUGAUGAACCUUACAAUGAUUACAUCUCUGAAAUUGUUAAAUUAAUUGAGACGAUGGAUUAUGACACUUUGAAGAAGCUUUACGAUCGAAUUGAUAUUGGAACGUCUUACAUUCAAGAAACGUCGAGAAAUAUUUUCCUUGAAGUCCUUCCCAGAGCUGGAACCGCGUCUUCUGUGUUGCUAACAAAAUAUUUAGUCAUAGGGCAACAUGUUCGAACGACAACCGCUGUGCAACUUCUUAUCUCUCUUCCUUUCUUCAUAUCUGAAUUAUCCGAAAAUUUAGUUAAAGAAUGUGAAGAAUUCUUGCACGUUGGAAAUGAUCGACCGGAUGUUAAACAUUCAGCAGUUUUAAGUUAUGCUACGAUAAUUUACAAAGCAUUCGUUGCCGGGGCCAUUAAUGCAGAUCAAUUUGAGAAAUAUGUGAAGAUUUAUUUUGAUCUUUUCUUGAACAGCUUUGAUUAUGAGCAACAAAUGCUUUACCUGGAAGCGAUGGGAAAUCUUCAACUCGGUAAUGUUGCGAAUUACCUGCAGCCAAUAAUUCAAGCAGAUUACUCACAAACGACUGACAUUCGAUUCUUGGCUAUUUUUGCAACAAUGCCAACAGCAUACACGAGACCUGACGAGAUUUUCGAAACUUAUUGGCCAAUUUUCUACAACAAAUCUAGUCCACUGCAACUCAGAGUGGCAGCUUUUACAAUGCUUAUGGUGUCAUCACCAACAGCUGGUAGACUUUUAGGACUUUACAAUGUUAUUAAGAAUGAAAAUUGUCCGCACAUGAUAAACUUUUAUCGAACGACAGUUUUAAGUAUUUCGGAAACAACUUAUUCGUGUUUAUCUCAUCUUAAGCGCUUGAUUGUUUACAUGCGACGACAUUUGCCAUCACAACCACUUAAGAAAUAUUGGAUAACUGGAAAUUAUAUAUUUGACUACAAAGAUAGAAAGUUUCAAUUAGGUUCGAUGCUUCAAGCGUUGUUAAUUGGAGAUCGGAAGAAAGAUUUGCCUUUGAUCAUUUUCGUGAAGUUUGACACUGAAGCAUUAGGAAGAUUCACGGGUCAAGUUGGAAUUUAUGUGAAAGCCCGUGGACUCUCUGACGCUGUUCUCGAUCGAUUCAUCAAUUUCAACUCAGAUGCAUUGAAGUUUGAAGAACUCUCGAAGAUUUUAACUUUAAUGAGAUUGCAGCCAAUUCAGUCAACUCCUUUACAUUUGGAAUUUAUUGUUCAAUUUGAAGGCAAAUCUGUUUUGUCUUUUUACUUGAAUCAAACAACUUUCUACAAUCUCACUGAAGGCGACCUUAUCAAUCGCAUUAAUAUUCUUCUACGUGCCGACAGUCACAUUAACAUGCAAAUUGUGAGACGACCUUUCAUGAUAAAGCACAAAUUUUCGACAUUGAUUGGUACACCAGCCGACAUUUUCAUCGAGAGUACGCUUAUUGCUAGCAUGCGUGGUUCUACUCUGCAAAAUCUUGCUAAGGAAAAGAUUGUACGAAACAAUCAAAUCGAUUUUCGAUGUUCAUCAUAUGCAGUUGCUAAAAUCAGAAGCUACAAUCCAUUGGAAAACAUUGAAUAUUCAACAAUUCGUGAACAAGGCUUCGUCAUUCAUGUUCCAUUGAACAAUGAAAUAAUUCUGAAUCUAGCAGAAAAAUCAUUGACUUUCUCAUUAUAUCGGAAAGAUUCACUCACAUCGGGUUUUGCACUAAAAUCUCGGACAAUAAAUUUCGCUGGGACAAGACAUGUAACGAAGGAAACCAACGGUGUCCCCAAUCACGAACUAAACUUGGAGGAUAUUGGAGUCAACAUUAAAAUUGGUCACAAUGUCGAAUCAUCAAAAGAGAAUAUUUUGUUUCUAUUCGAAACUGACGUGCUUGACAAUGCAAAAGUCUUCACUCGAGCGCCUUAUUCGAUCAUGCAAAACAUUCUCACGCUCGUUUCGAUUAUUCAACUCACAUCUGUUCACAUCUCACGUGAUAAACAUUUAACAAUUUUAUUAACAAAUGAACCAAAUUCAAAGCUUGAAGUGAACAUACGAUGGACAACUGAAGAUUUCUCACAAAACUCGAAAGCACCAGAGAAAAACGUCAUUAAAGUUGAUUGCACUUUAUUGCAUUUACUUGAUUUUAAUGAUCCACAUCCACAACAGCUUCAUAAAUGGGAAUUCACAUCGAAAUAUUCUACUUUCAAAGACAGCAAAAUAAGCAAAGCGUUAAUGUCAUUAAAUAGAAAAUCAAGAAAUAGUGAAAAGUGGAAGUUGUGUGUCUCCGGAUCACUAGAAGAGUCUGAACAUUUGAAGAAACCGUUUAUGUUGACAAGUAAUAUUGUGUUUGGUAUUCAGGAAGGUUCAUCAAAGAAGUGUCCUAUCGAUAAAUCAAAGAUUGAGAUAGCAUUGUCGAUUGGAUCAUCUGCAAAUGCCAAAGAAAAGUAUGAAGAUUUGUUGUUGCCGGACGAAGAUAAAUGUACAAAAGAAAUUGUCAAGUUUUCACCGAUUUUACUAUCUGCAAACUGUAAAAAGAAUCAUUUUAAUAACAUUUUAGCCAUCACUGAUUACAACUUAAAUAUGACAUUUGAAAGGAUGCCUGAACAAUUUUACGAUAUCUCAUCGAGAUUCGAUCAUAUUCUUUCAGCAGUCCUUCCAGGAAGAAUCGACAAAUUGAAUGUGUCGGAGAAGUUUGAGCUUUCAUUGAAAUUACCAACAAUUGAAAGCGAAGAAACAAAUAUCACAAUCAACAACAUAACAGCAAUGUUUCCAUUAAGUUAUGAAAAUAGUUACGGAAACAUGGAACAAAUUUCUGUUGAUUAUGGGAUGACAAGCAUUUGCAGUCUUUAUAAAAAUAACUUAAACACUUUUGCCAGUAAAUUUAUAGAACUAAAUGAAAAAUUACAAAAGGAUUAUUCAAAUAAUAAGGAAUUGCUUGUUGUCGGUGAAUGUUCUGAUUCUCCUCGACUUGCAGUGUUUGUUGAAUUAAAUGACGACUCAAAGAACUUUUCAAAAGUUAAGAUUUACACUGGCGGUCAUUACAUUACAAUGAAAGCUGAGGGACAACCAUUGAUAACUUUUGGCAAUCAAUCUUAUGAUUUAAAAGAAUCUGCAUUUGAAUAUCCUCCGUUUCAAAGUGAUUUCAAGGUUCAUUUCAAAGACGAUUUAAUAGUCGAGAUUGAGAACUUCCUGAUCGACGCUAAAAUUCAAUACAACAUGCAGAAUCUUCUUUCAAUUUCUCUUCCAACCGUGAUGAAAGGAAAACUUUGCGGCUUAUGCAAUAUUUAUAAAAAUGAGAUAUCAACGUUGAUAAUAGAAUAUAGCAGCAAAAUGGAGCAAAUAACAGAUAGAAGUGAAAACACAUUAGUUAAAUCAGAGCUGUAUUUUCUUAUUGCAAAAUUUCUAUUAAAUUCACCUUUCAAAGAUGUAGCUCAGGCUUUUAUUCAAAAACUGCAGGAAUUACAAGAACUCCCGGAGCGUUUGGAUUGGACAGGUCAGACCCAUCGCCAAGGAUUCGAUGAAUUGGCAUCAAAAUUCAGACAUAUUGGACCCCAACAUCUUCUGGAAAUAUGCUCAAGACUUCCAACGCUUUUGGAGCAAGAAUCUUCACUACUGCCAACAGUAACCGGACUAAUUUCACUGACUGGUGCUGGUCGACAAAGCCUGUUAAGAACAAAAGAAAGCAUCUCAAGACCACACAAUGCUCUCGGUUAUUGUACAAGAAUUCAUGGUGCACCAUUAUUUGAUGUUUUAAAUCGUAGUAACAAUCACAGCAUUGUAAAUGUUUUGCAUGGACGACAAUCUGCAGGUCCACUCGUUCGUCGUCAAGCGAUACCGACAAAUUUCUACAGUAAAACGUCAUUGCUUCGACAAACAUUAGGACAUUUAUCUGCCGUUUAUUGCGUGUUGUUUGAUAGAACUGGAAAAUAUAUCGUGACGGGAGCCGAUGACUUACUCGUUAAGCUUUGGAGUGCCAUUGAUGGACGUUUGCUUACAACAUUUCGUGGUGCAUCGGCAGAAAUAACUGAUAUAGCAAUAAAUCUUGAAAAUACGAUGCUUGCUGCUGGAUCCAUCGAUCGAGUUCUUCGUGUGUGGGAUUUACAAACAGCAAGUGUCAUUGCAGUUCUCUGCGCACACAAUGGAAUGAUCACAUCAGUUAACUUUUGUCCUAAUCCAAAGAAUGAUUUGAAAUAUCUUGUAACAACAAGCACGGAUGGUUCAGUCGCUUUCUGGCAAUAUUCACAACCACGAGGACAAAAACCAAUUUUUCAACCAAAACCAACACAAUAUCACGAGAAGUUGCGACCUGGACAAGCUCAAAUGAUUUGUGCUUCGUUUUCACCAGGUGGAAUAUUUUUAGCAGCUGGUUCAGCAGAUCAUCAUGUUCGUGUCUACAUAAUGUCAGAAGAAGGUGGACCGAAAAGAAUUCUCGAAGUUGAAUCACACACUGACACCGUCGAUUCCAUUCAAUGGGCUCAUUCAGGUCUAAGAUUUGUGAGUGGAUCAAAAGACGGCACAGCACUUUUAUGGCGAUUUGAGACACAACAGUGGAAACUUGAAAAGCUUAAUAUGAAUGAUCGAUUACCGACAUGCCCACCAUCCGAAGGAGUCGUUGAUCCAAAGAAAGGACUUAAAGUUACAAUGGUGUCAUGGGAUCGUUCUGAUGACUGGGUUGUGACAGCUGUGAAUGAUCAUACGAUCAAAGUUUGGAACACAAAGACUGCAAAACUUCAUAAUGUCUUGCGAGGACAUACUGAUGAGCUUUACGUUCUUGAAUCUCAUCCAAAAGAUCCGCACGUUCUCCUUUCUGCCGGCCAUGACGGUCAACUCUUUCUCUGGGACAUUUUCAAAGGUGAAAAGCUUGCCAGCUUUGUGAAUACGAUUGAGGGACAAGGACAUGGAGGAAUUUUCGAUGCUAAAUGGUCACCAGAUGGAACAAUCAUAGCAGCAACAGAUUCACAUGGACAUAUUCUAAUGUUUGGAUUUGGAACGGGACAUUCACGAUUGAAAUCGAUGCCAAAGGAAUUAUUUUUCCACACAGAUUAUCGUCCUUUGAUUCGAGAUGCAAAUUAUUAUGUGCUUGAUGAGCAAACGCAGUUAGUUCCACAUUUGAUGCCGCCACCGUUUCUUGUUGACGUUGAUGGAAAUCCAUACCCGCCAAUUGUCCAGAAAUUGGUGCCUGGAAGGGAAAAUUGUCCAAGUGAACAACUCAUUCCUGAUAGUGUCGUUGGGGAAGGCUUUGAAGCUGAAGGUGGCGGUGGUGGCGGUGCUCGCUCUGAAAUCGACUUACUUAUAGAGGCUUUAGCGAAUCGACAAAAUAAUCAACAAAAUGGUGAUGUUAAUGACAAUCGUAAUCAACGUCGUGAGAGUAUUGGAUCACAUAAUAAUAAUAACAAUAACAUUAACAAUAAUAAUAAUAAUGGACGUCUUGCUCCAGUCGUUCAACAUUCGCCAUCAUCAUCAGGGAGAGCAGCAGCAGGGAAUGGUAUAAUUCGUGAUCAGAACAUUAAAUAUACUCGUCGCAUGUAUGUGAAGCCAGUGAAGCAUGCAAAUCUUCAUAUGAUGAAGCAAGUUGUUUACAAUGCUGGCAUACAAGAACAAGACGCAUAUCGACGUGAAAUGAAGAAGAGACCGUUGAUGAUAAACACGAGUAAUCCAAGUAGUAGUUCAAUGAAUGGUCCACCAAAGAAAGCUGGUCGUGGUGGAAGACGACAAAGAAUGGCUGGUGAAAGAAAUCAAAACGAGCCUGGCACGUCUGCUUCUGCAUCUGUUGUUGCUAUUGCUGCAAGUGGAUCUUACAACACAACAAACUAUAAUAAUCGCACAACAACAUCAAGAAUAUCAGCGACAGGUCGACCGAGACGACAUCAUAUCGAUGACGAAGAAGAAGUAAUUUCAUCAUCAAGUGAAACAUCGAACAGUUCCGACUCAACAGCUGUCGAAGAAGAUUUAGAACUGUCAGGAUCGUCAAGUUCCGAUAGUGACAGUUCUGAAUACUCAGAUUGGAUUGAUGUCGAAGAUCAACAAAAACUUCAACCACCAAAACGAUCGAAGAGAAAGCCCGUCGAACGACGAACAUUUUCACCAGCUGAUUCAGAUAGCAACACAACAGGAAGAAAGCCGGGACCAAAUCGAAAGAAGAAAGUUCCGCUAUUACCAAACGGCGAGAUUCCAGAUGAAUACAAACCACCGGAAUGGCUUUCCGAAGUGAUUCCCAAGAAGGCUCCAUACUACCCUCAAAUGGGCGAUGAAGUUGUUUACUUCCGACAAGGCCAUGAACGAUAUUUUGAAUGUGUUACUAACAAAAAGCUUUAUCAAUUAAGUGGAAAAUAUGAGCCGUGGCAUCAACUUGAACUUCGUGAACAUGAAUUUUGUAAAGUCAUUGGAAUCAAAUAUGAAAUUCGUCCGCCACGUUUGUGUUGUUUGAAGCUCGCUUUAAUGACUGAUAAUGGUAAUAUGACGAAUAAACAUUUCACGAUUAAAUAUCACGACAUUCCUGAUGUGCUCGACUUUAUUGUGUUGAAGCAAACAUUUGAUACGGCGAUAAGUCGGAAUUGGGGACCGGGUGAUCGUUUUCGUUGCAUGAUUGACGACAAAUGGUGGUCGGGAGAGAUUGAAUGUCAUCAAGCGUUACAGAACGAAUUCCCAGACUCAUUAUUUAUGUGCUUUAAGAUUCGUUGGGAUAAUUCGGAGUAUGAGUUUAUGAGUCCAUGGGACAUGGAGCCGAUUGAUGAAGAUCGUGCACCAACAAAUCCUGGAGGGUCAAUGCCAGUACUUCCAGAAGAGAUUCAAGCGACACUUUAUCGUCCAAAGAAGGAAGAAUGGCCGAGAGGUGAUCGUGAAGGUUCAUGUCGAAGAAUUGUUGCUGGAUUGGAGCAAGUCAUGGGACUAGCAAUUGCUGAAGCUUUUCUCACACCUGUCGAUCUUAAUGCAUAUCCAACAUACGCUUUUGUGGUUGAAUAUCCAAUUGAUCUUGCAACAAUUAAAUCGAGAUUUGAGAAUCAUUUUUAUCGUCGAAUUACUUCAGCUCAGUUUGAUGUGCGAUAUUUAGCGACAAAUGCUGAAAAGUUUAAUGAGAAGCACAGCAACAUCGUGAAAUAUGCAAGAAUCAUCACAGAUUUAUGUUUGAAAAUUUUAAGAGAUUACAAUGAUGUUGAUGUGCCAGCGGUUUAUCAUCAAUUUCUUGAUACUUAUGUAUCGUCAGCAAGUGAAGAUGAAAAUCAACCAGGACCAUCAACCAGUCGUGCUUCUGGAGCUGCUGCUUCAGCUGGUUCAUCGAAUGCUUUAAAUGGAGGAUCAAGACGUUCACGGCGACUCGUACCAUCGAGUGGUGAUUGGCGAAUGCAGUGUCGAGAAUUACUUCAAAUGAUUUGGAAUCAUAAUGACUCGGAACCAUUUCGACAGCCUGUUGAUUGUGUUCAAUUUCCUGAUUAUCUUCAAAUCAUCGACGCUCCUAUGGAUUUGCAGACAGUCAAGGAAGAGUUACUUAGCGGAAAUUAUGAGACUCCAAUAGACUUUGCUAAAGACAUGCGACUAAUCUUCCAGAAUUCACGAAGUUACAACACAAACCAACGCUCAAGAAUUUAUGCAAUGACGUUGAGAAUAUCGGAAUUAUUUGAGGAGCAAGUAAAGCCUUUAAUAUCACAUUUUAAGUCGUCUAAAAAACGUGAAGAUAAUCGAAAAAGUCCUGCGAAAAAAAAUAAAAAGAAUGGAAGACCUUCAAGAAGUAAUGGCACUGGUGGUGGUCCGUCAACUUCUCAACAAAAUCAUCAUACGGAUAAUUCUGAUGAUGACGAUGAUGAUGAUGAUGAUGGAGAGAAGCAUGGAAAAACAAAUGGAAGAACGCGAAGAGUUCAAGCUCAAUCAAAUGGCGUAUCGAGCAGUAGCAACCCAAAACCGAAGUCAAGCAAACGAUCUCGUCGUCGUCUUGAAUCAUCGCCAGAUGAAGCGUCAGAAACGACGGAAACAUCGUCAGAUGACUCAUCAGACAAUAGCGAUGAAUCAAGUGGAAUUCCGCUUGCUGAUCUUGGGAAGGCAAAUAAAAUAUCGAAAUCUAUGAAGAGAAUGGAAUCGAAACUAAAACGUAGCACAGUCUCAAGUUCUAGUCCCAAGAAAAAUUCUCGAAGUACAAAAAGACAAAAAAUUCAAUCCGAAGAUGUUGAAAAUGAAAGUGAAGAGAGUCAAAGUGGACAAUCGUCAAAUCAUGAGCCACAAACAUCAACAUCACGUCGAAGUAGUAAUCGAAAUGCAAAGAAACGUCAAAUCCAAUCAAGUUCUGACGAUGAAAGAAACGCCAAUCGUAAUAGCCAAAAUGGCGAUGAAGGGAAAAGAAUUCGCCGACGACCGAAGAGAUAUGAAAGUGAUCAAAGCUUUCAUGUUGAGAAUUCACAUCGAAAGACUGCCGAUUCAGAUUCCGAUAAGCCACGAGCGACAAGAGAAAGUUGCAAGAAGAAGUUUGUUGAGUGGGCGUUAACAAGUGAAGACGAUAAUGACGAUGACGACGAAGAUUUCGAUCAAAAACCACAAACAUCGUCACAAUCAAAGAAACGAGCAGCACGAAGACGAUCAGGAAGAAAGAAAGUCAUUCGAAGUGAUUCCGAUCAAACAGAUGACAAAAAGAUGAAACCAGCGCCAUCAAGAAAGUCUGCCAGAUCUCAAUAUCGAAUGUCAAACUCUCAAUCACAUUCACAAGACGAUGAUGACGACGAUGAUGGAAGUGAAGAGUCACAUGACGGGCAUCGACAGAACUUACCAAGUACAAGCUCAAAUAUUCGAUCGAGUAAUCGUUUUGGCAACUCAACAGCUACGACGACACGCUAUGGUGGAAGGAGCAGUCAAGGAUCAUUAACUCAAGCUUCAUCAUCAAGAACUACGAGAAGUUCACAGAAUCAAAGCUUGUCAGCUCGUAACAAUGAUCAUAAUUAUGGGGAACCGGGACCGUCGUCAUCAGGAGGAAAUGUUGCAGCACCGCCACGUCAAACACGAAGUACAAUCUUAUCUCGUCAUCAGAGAAAUGCUGACGAAUUGGAUCGCAGUGGAUUGGAGGAAAGUCCACUAAAUCAAACUGUUCAAAAUACUCGACUGUUGCGUCUACGGCGUGCUAAUCUUCGUGCAGCACCAACGCCGACAAGUAACUUUGAAGCUCUUAAUGGCAUUCGUCGCACAAUGCGUGCUCGUGUCACAUUAAAUUAUAACGAAGAUGCUGAAGUUGAUGAGAAUGAAAUUGGUGAGAGUCGCGCGAAUUUCCAAUCAAGUCAACAAAACCACAACAAUUUACGGGGAAGAACGACACGACAACAACAUCAAGUAACAGAAGAAGAAGAGCACUCAGAUGAUAGCGACAGUUAUUCGGAAGAUGACAAAACACCAUUGAAGUUGGUUGCUGCUUCAAGUUCAAAGAAAACUCAUGAACAUAAUACGAGAAAUGGAAAUGCUGUGAAUCAAGUUAAAAGAGUUCUUUAUUCUGAUGACGAACAGGCUGGACCAUCGAGUAGUCGUUCAACAGCAUUAAGAAGACCAAGACGAGGUCAACAUAACGAAGACAGCGAUGAUGAGAAAUUGGGUCGUGGAACACGCUCCAGAAAGCGAAGAAUUUUAUCACAAUCGAGUGAACAUGAACAAAGCUCAAAUGAAGAAGACGACGAGCCGAGCAUCAGUAGUCGUGGUAGAUUCUAUGUUGAAGAACUUAAAGUGAUUUCAACUGUGGAUCGGAUGACAUUUAAUUAA